AUGGCAUCCCCUCCUCCUCCUACGGCAAUCCAUCUCCGCCAACCAACCCGCCAUUCCCACCUCCUCCUCCGACCCCUCAACGCCCCCGAAGUGCCUCUAUCGCAGGCCACCCACCUCCGCUUCCCCCACGCGAACAACGCCGUCAUCCCCGUCGCGGCCUCGACCCGGUUCGCGACCUCGGGCGGCGAAAACGCCGUCAAUGUGCGCAGCAUCUACUUUGCCUGGCUGAACCGGGAGGUGGCCAUCCCCGAAUACAAUGCGUCGGCCGCCAAGCUCAACGCCGAGCUCGCGUCGGCCGGGGGCGAGGGCUCCGCCGUGCACAACCUCGCCUUUGUCGAGCGUCUCGACUUGAUCGCCUGGCUCGAGGGCGCGAGCGAGGAGAGCGAGUACAUUAAGCCGCUCGAGGGCGAUAGGGCUGGCGAUGCGGCGGCCAGGGCGCCGCCGCGGCCGCGACUGGGCUGA